AAAGCUGGUUAAUACUGAAUAGUUGCCUAAAAGCUAUUAUACAGCAGCGAUCGACCGGCGGCGAACCAUGGCUAUGUCGGCUUCCAUUUCCCUCACUCCUCGUACCUCGUCUGUUUGCCGUUCGUUCUUAUCUGCUAAAGCUUUUCAAUAUUCGCUUCGACUGAACCCUUUCAAUUCACCAUCUAUCCCUGGAAACCCCGUUGUUCGUAUUUCUGCCUCUUCCAUGAACAUCGAAGCUGCUCCCGAAAAGUUCUCUAAACAGUCUUUCUUGGAUCGCAGGGAAAGUGGGUUUCUCUAUUUUGUCAAAUACCAUGGCCUUGGGAACGAUUUCAUCUUGGUUGAUAAUCGAGAUUCUAUGGAGCCUAAGGUUACUCCUGAGCAAGCUGUGAAGCUCUGUGAUCGUAACUUUGGUAUUGGUGCGGACGGAGUCAUAUUCGCAAUGCCUGGAAUUAACGGUACUGAUUACUCCAUGAGGAUUUUCAAUUCCGAUGGUAGCGAGCCUGAGAUGUGUGGUAAUGGAGUGCGAUGCUUUGCUCGAUUCAUUGCUGAACUUGAUAAUAUAAAAGGAAAACACAGUUUUUCUGUACACACCGGUGCUGGUCUAAUUGUUCCUGAAAUUCAAGAUGGUGGUAAGGUUAGAGUUGACAUGGGUCAACCAAUACUUAAUCCAUCUGAUGUGCCUACUAAAUUACUAGCAAACAAGGAUCAAGCCGUUAUCAAAUCAGAACUAAAAGUUGAUGGAUUAACCUGGAAUGUGACUUGUGUUAGCAUGGGGAAUCCGCAUUGCGUAACUUUUGGAACAAAAGAAAACCAGAACUUGCAGAUUGAUGAAUUAAAUUUGGCAGAAAUUGGUCCAAAAUUUGAGCAUCAUGGAAUGUUUCCUGCUCGAACUAACACAGAAUUUGUGCAAGUCUUUUCUCGUUCGCACCUAAAAAUGCGUGUUUGGGAGCGUGGUGCCGGAGCAACACUAGCUUGUGGAACUGGAGCUUGCGCAGUUGUGGUUGCAGCAGUUCUUGAGGGCCGUUCUGAGAGGAGCUGCACGGUUGAUCUGCCCGGGGGUCCUUUGGAAAUCCAAUGGAGUAAGGAAGACAAUCAUGUUUACAUGACUGGGCCUGCCGAGGUAGUGUUUUAUGGAUCUGUACCUCUUUAAUUUAGAUUCUGAUGAUUUCAAGGAUCACGUGCUGACAGUGACAGAUGGUUUAACCAGGAUUUUGUAGAUCCAUAUAUUUACAUGCUAGCUCUAGGGUAGACCUAGGCAAAUCUCAAAUCUUGAAGUUUGUUCCAUAUUUGUAACAGCUGUAUGACUCUAGUUUCCAUAGCAUAUUUCUGAAUAACGCCUGUGAUGAGUUAAACAUUCUUAUUAUGGUGAUUAGUUUCCCUGACA